AUGGUAUCAGAUAAAAACGAAGUGGUUAAUCCUAAAUCAAAUUUGCACAGUCACAUUAGAAUUCAUACAGGAGAAAUGCCAUACAAGUGUGACACAUGUACUGCUGCUUUUUCUCGAAAAUCAACUUUGCGGCAUCACAUUAGAAUUCACACAGGGGAGAAGCCAUACAAGUGUGAGACAUGUUCUGCUGCUUUUUCUCAAAGGUCAUCUUUGCAACGCCACAUAAGAAUUCACACAGGGGAGAAGCCGUACAGGUGUGAGACAUGUGGUGCUACUUUUUCUCAUAGUUCAAAUUUGAACAGUCACAUUAGAAUUCACACAGGAGAGAAGCCAUACAAGUGUGACACAUGUUCGUCUGCAUAUUCGCGAAGAUCAAAUUUGCACCGCCACAUGAAAAUUCACUCAGGGGAGAAGCCAUAUAAGUGUGAGACAUGUUCUGCUGCUUUUUCUCGAAGAUCAUCUUUGCACCGCCACAUGAAAAUUCAUACAGGGGAGAAACCAUACCAGUGUGAUACAUGUUCUGCUGCUUUUUCUCAUAAAUCAUCUUUGCAAGACCACAUAAUAAUUCAUACCGGUGAGAAGCCAUACCAGUGUGAAACAUGUGAUGCUACCUUUUCUCGUAGCUCAAAUUUGCACAGUCACAUUAGAAUUCACACAGGAGAAAUACCAUACAAGUGCGACACAUGUUCUGCUGCUUUUUCCCGAAGACCAUCUUUGCAUCGCCACACGAGAAUUCACACAGGAGAAAAGCCGUAUAAGUGUGACACAUGUUUUGCAGCUUUUUCUCGAAGAUCAUCUUUGCACAGUCACAUUAGAAUUCACACAGGGGAGAAGGCGUACAAGUGUGAGACAUGUGGUGCUUCUUUUUCCUAUAGCUCAAAUUUGAACAGUCAUAUUAGAAUUCACACAGGGGAGAAGCCAUACAAAUGUGACACAUGUUCUGCUUCUUUUUCUCGAAGAUCAAUUUUGCAACGCCACAUGAGAAUUCACACAGGGGAGAAGCCAUACAAGUGUGACACAUGUGGUGGUGCUUUUUCUCUGAGGUCAAAUUUGCAACGCCACAUGAUAAUUCACACAGGAGAGAAGCCGUACAAGUGUGACACAUGUUCUGCUGCUUUUUCUCGAAGAUCAUCUUUGCAACGCCACAUGAGAAUUCACACAGGAGAGAAGCCGUACAAGUGUUAA